CGAUCGACAUCGCUCCGCAUUUUACGCGUCUUUAACCCGUCGAAAGUAAGUCUCGUGCGGAAAUAAGUAUCGGGAGUGUCGAGAAUAGCGAUGUACGAUCGUCGGGGCGAUCGUCAAGACGUCAUUUGUAAGUAAUUCUCGUUCCUCCUCGCGGUGUAUAUAAAGUGACGAGAUUUUCCAGCUCUGAAUUCGGGACACUUCAUAAAUGUAUAAAGCGGGGGACGGGGGAGGGGGGUAAAAAGUCCGAAAAUUAUUUGACAAUCAUUGAAAAUGAUGACAAAUCGGUGUCCCGAAUAGCACUCGAAAAAAUUCGGAACAAACAGUGAAAAAUAGGGACUGUCUCGAAAAAAUCCACCUUACUGAAAAUGACACAUAAGAAUUUUUCUCUUACGUUUUCUCACUCCUGACGUCGUCAAUCUAAGGUUCCAGAAGUUUCAAUCGGCCACCGUGAGCAUGUUGUAUCUUUCGUCCGUUUAACCGUCAAUAAGGUUACAGACUCAUUGUUAUCGUAUGACGUAACGCCCGGCUCCUGUUUUUGCCCGAUCAGUCGGCCGGAUGCUAUGUAAACACCGCGCGUCAUUCCCCGCGCGGACUCGGGCAGAGACAGUGGUGGCGCGACUCGCUGCGCGUGAUUAACGUUCGCUUAGCGAUCGCGACCUAUUUCUGUAUACCACGAGACGGUUGAACGCAAUUAAGUCAGGAGACCCGCGAGUAAUUCACUACUAUUAAUUCGCGACCGCGAUUAACAAAACGUGAGACGCGCGCGCGGUGUCGAGAGAUUGUCCAGACGAGGUUAGAUUAGAUAAGCGUGAGCGAGGCAAUACGUGAGAGAGCCGGUAUUUUCGCAGGAUUCUCAUGUUUCAAACGGGGAGACGAUCGCGACGAUUCAAUACGUAUUUCAUCGCGUUACUUAACUCGUUACAUAUCGUAUUUCUCCGGCAUUUAGCGCGUCGCGCGUAACAUUGGAAGUCGGAUCGGCGUUUUCACGAUCUAUCGCGUAUGAAUAAGUCUGUUUUUCUUGUCACUGAACCGGUAUACACUUACGGAUACUUGAAACGGAUAUACAGUCGAGACUCGAUGGAAAAAAAGAGCAGAAGAGAAGAUUCUAGUGCAGCCGCGGUUAAGCCAUAGAAUACAGACGUAACUAGUCGUCGGAUCGGUGUAUCGUGUCGUAUGGCACCGGUAUGAAGUUCGCGGUACUAUUUUCGAGUUUCUCGGUUAUUAGCGAAACAUAGUGAAUAUCGAGUGGCUCGCCGGCUGGCUGGCUGGCUGGCUGGGAGCGGCGUCGCGACGCGUUUUUAAUCAGUAAGUGCAGUCGUAAUUAAUCCCGCGUCUCGAUAUUUGUCAACCGCACACAGCAUAAAAUUGGUGAGUCGGUCAUUCGUUAAAGCGUAACGUGUCACGCUUGCCGUAUCGCGAACGGAGGCGGUCGUGUUCCCGGAUAAUUCCUUCCUCUCGCGUGCGCAUAUUUGCACAUUGUUAUUUCCGCUCGCGCGUCUGUUUGCCUCAAUUAUCUCAAUUCUUAACAACACGUAUUUGUAUAAAUAAUAUAUACGGAUAAACACUCGCAUGUUCCGCCGUUCGAGUGCGAAAAGUACAGGAAAAUGUGUACCGCGGGGACAGAUACGGCGCGGCUGUGCCGCGUGAAGUUGGCUACGCGCGAUUUCGAGCGUCUUGCAUCAUCGUGCCGUCCAUUACGGUCAAUCGCGAGUCACGUCGCGCGUGCUGCGCGGAUUUUCCUCCCGUGUGACCGUAUUUUCGCGCGAAUCCGCCGUCGGAAUGUCGUGAAACGCGCGUCGCAUGCCACCACUGUCGGAAGUGCCGCGUCCGAGGUCGUGUCGCGACGUGUGAAGCCGCAACGCGGCUCCCGAAUUUUCUCUGUCGCUCGGUCGACCGUUACGCCCGUCGCGUCCUUGUUCGUGUAUGUUGCGCACAGACCCUCGUUACGACCCGCGUCGUACGUCUCUCUGUUUCGUCGAAAACUGCCAGGGCAGAGUGCUCAUCGCGUGCCGCCAGGAGUGCGGUACUGGUCAAAGGCGGCGACACUUGUGCUCGAUAAGUUUUAUAACGCAUUUCGUAUCCAACAGGGAAACGUAUCCCCUGAAACAAAUUCUGCCAUUGAAUGGGGGACUUUAGGAAACUCGUCGAGGACAAGUGUUACUACCUUUAAUCAGUCCGACUGUCCAAAGUUUGCGCGAUCGUCAUAUGGCAAUUGAACGGCGAACCGUGAUAAAUAGUAUUUUUUUUCGACUCGCGAGUGACUUGUGUGUGUGUACCUAUACACACCAGCAGAUGGUACAGAGGAGGAGGAGGCUCGGGGAGCAUCGGGCAUCGGCGAGGCAACGAUCAAGACCAAUAUGUGUGCAGAGACGCUACAACUUCGCCGCUUCUGCAUCGUGUCGCCCCAGUGAGAGCUACAGACGAACCGUCCGAGGAGACCCAGUACAUAGAUAUGCACGAAGGCUCGAAGCUGCAAUUGCAAUGCCGGUUUCCGCCGCCGCGGCAGAACGUCACGAGUUAUUGGCUCGUCCGCACGAAGGAUAACGUCGACAACGCGGCAAUCGACGACCGCGCGUUAUCGCCUAACUACAAGGUGUUCAUAAAUCUGUCGCAGGGCCGUUUCGAUCUACAGAUCAAGAAUAUAUCGUACGAGCGUGACAACGGCAAGUACGAGUGUCGAAUCAAGAUGACCAAUUCCGGCGAAGAUUGGCAUCGGAAGUUCGUCGUGCUGACGGUGCUGCGGACGCCGGGCCCGCCGAACAUAACGCUCUCUAGCUCACGCGUAAUGGAAGGCACGCUGCUCAAUCUGACGUGCAUCACAUUAGGCGGCAGCCCUGAACCGGAGAUCAGGUGGUUCCGCGGCAACAACGGCACGGUGCUGCACGUCGGCAAGACGCUGCUGAUGAAUCCGACGCAGGAGGACGACAGGGCGGCCUUCCGUUGCGUGGUGAGAAACCGGGCGAUGAGCGAGGGCGAGACUCUGGUCGCGUCGGUGACGCUCGACGUCGAUUACUUCCCUCGCGUCACCGUCGGCCCGGAGAAUCCGAUGAAGGUCGAGGUGAACGGCACCGCGAACAUCAUUUGCCACGUGGACUCGAAGCCGAAGGUGACUAACGUGCGUUGGACACGGGACGGCACUUUCAUCGACACCAACUUUCAGCACGUGAUAUCCAAGGUCACGCUACAAGACGCCGGCACAUACACAUGCCUGGCGGACAACGGCCUGCAAAAGCGCGGCGAGUCGUCCUUGCUCCUGGAUGUGCUUUACCCGCCCACGGUGUCGAUCGAAGGUGACCCCGUGAGAGUGACCGACGUGGAGGACAGCGUGACUGUUCACUGCAACGUGUCCGCCAAUCCAAAGCCGUCGGUGAUCGAGUGGCUACGCGACGGUCGACCCGAGUUCCGUCAAUCGGGCCUGAUCCUCCGCUUGAUCCGGGUCACGGCGGAUCACACCGGCAACUACACGUGCCGCGCCGUCAACACGAUCUACCCCACCGGCGGCGAGCGUCGAAAUUACACGGCCUCGGCCACCGUGACCGUGCGAGUGCGACACAAACCCGGCCCAGCCAGGGUGACGCCGGAUUCGCCAGUCGCCGUCGAGGGCUCGCGGGUCACUCUCACGUGCAUGGCCAACCCGGCCGGCUACCCUGAGCCACAGUACAAGUGGUGGAAGGAAGGCGAGAGCGGCUCAGUCAUGAUACCGACCGGCUCGAGGUACGAGAUCGACUCGGUGCAUCUCGGCAGUGAAGGCACUUACAAGUGCUACGCGCUCAACGAGAUCGGCAUAGGCGAUGCUGCCUCGGUCAACCUCACCGUUCACCAACCGCCAAAGAUACUCACCAAGUUGCAGCCCCAUAUCACGAGGAAAGUCGGCGAAUCGUCGUUCCAAAUAUCCUGCGUAGCGCAGGGCAAACCACGGCCUAGCGUGCGCUGGCUGAAGGACGAUCAAGAAUUAACGGCCGACGAGAGGCUCUAUAAAGUAAUUACGAUGGCGUCGGAGGGCCACGGUAGCGUAAUAACCGUAAAUUCCACGCUGAGCUUUUUGGGUCACGCUCGUCCGCAGACCGACGAGAUCGUGGCGAGCGAUCGCGGCAAGUACACCUGCGUCUUUGUGAACGAGGUGAAGAAAGUCGAGUCCACGAUGAUGCUCAAGGUGGAGCACGAGCCGAUAAUACUCCACCAAUACGGCAAGGUGGCCUCCAGCGUCGGAGAGACCGCCGAGGUGACCUGCAAGGUUCAGGCGUGGCCGAAGCCAGAGUUCCAGUGGAGCUACGGUACCAACGCAGCGACACUACAGGGCUCCUCCAGCGACGGCCACUACGAAAUCUCUUCCACGAACGACAACUACGACAUGUACAUGUCCCUGCUUAGAAUAAAUCAUAUCCGUGAGUCUGAUUACGGUGACUACAAUUGCCGUGUGGUGAACGCUCAGGGUAGCGUCACGUCUCACAUCAGACUGCAGCCAAAGGGCGCGCCAGAGAGACCAACCAACAUCACUGCCAUGGACAUCGGGCCUACGCAUGUCGCUUUACUGUGGGAAUUGGGCUUCGACGGCGGCCUACCCAUCACCAAAUACUUUGUCUCGUACAGAAGGGUCGCGGGCGGCGACGAGAUUGUCGCACCAGACUGCGCGCCACCGCGGGGACCGGCCGGCCAGUGGAUGGAGCUCGAUUGUCGCCGAUCGAACCCGUGCAACGUGACUAAUCUCGAGCAACACCAGACCUACACUUUUAAGGUGAAGGUCUACAACACGAAGAACCACUCCGACUACUCCGAGGAGGUGACUGCCACCACUGCGGUCGCGAAGAUACCUACGCCGUUGAGGGUGAGCUACGAUCCCGAGAGCAGCACCCUUGCCAUCAACGUGGGCGCCACGUGCUUGGCUCUGGUGGCGUCCAUCGAGAAAUUCGACGGUGGCACGGACAGCGCGUGGCGAAUUGUCGACGAGUGGCCUCUCGAGGUCCUCGGGAGCGCGCCCACUCAGAGGGAAGGAAUAUUGGACGAUCCCGAAGCGCCCGACACAGAGCCCCGACUCAGAGUUCGGCUGUGUCUCAAAGCCGACCGGCAGAAGUGCGGCGAGUACGCGGAUGCCGAAAUUGGGCCAUCGUAUAUCGCGCAAUCCGGCACUCUCACGAUGCCAACUUUGAUCGCGCUGAUAGUAAGCGGAGCAGUGUUCCUGCUGUUCGCGGCGUUGCUGCUGCUGUUUUGCCGUUGCCGGCGGAAACACGCGACGAAAGCGAAGGAUUACGAGAUGGAUUCGAACACUGCCUCGUUUACUUUGUGCAGCGUCCGACCAAGUCUAGUGACGGGCAACGGCCAACAAACGCAACCACCACCGCCGUAUUACGCCGAGAACAAGGCUUUAGAGCAUAGUCUGGAUCAUGCCUUGGCGAUGGAGGACUCCAAGACUCCCGCAUACUCGCAGCCGGGAUACGGUUAUCACCAGCCGAAUCACAACAUCAACGGCGUAAACAUGGGCUACAUGGAUAACAGUUACUCGAACUCCAACAACGGCGGUUCCGUGAACUCGCAGGACUCUAUAUGGCAGAUGAAGUCAGCGGCGGCGAACGGCGUCAACCAGCCUUACGAUCUCGCUGGCUACGGCACUGCGGAGUCCGAUUACCCCACGCACCCUCAUUAUCUGCCGCAGCGGGAGGAUUACAGGGAGAGCCAUAAUCUGAGCCGACAGCAGUUCUGCACGGAGCCGUUCGCCACCGUCGUCAAGUCUCAGAAACACGUUGACUCGCCUUACGACGUGUCCGGAUUACCGUAUCAGGAAAAUUACGACGAGGACACUAAGCCGCCGCAACAGGUCAGCCUGUCGUACGACGAGAGCUUGGAAUCGGGCUACUCUACGCCCAACAGCCGUGGUCGUAGGAUCAUCAGGGAGAUAAUCGUUUGAGAUCUACCUACCGGCUCACGAGCCGGAAACACGCGC